AUGACCACACUUCGGCGAACAAACGAAACACCACAUGUCCUUUUGCUCGGUGCUAGCGGCGUAUCUGGUCUGGCCUUGAUCAAGGAACAUCUUGCUCUUGCGGACUCGGCAGCAAACAAACCAUAUCUAACACUCUAUGUUCGUGCCUCAGGUCGGUCGAAACUCACAUCUGUUCUGCCUUCGGCCACCAAAUCCGAUAAUCCUGCACCCAGAAUUCGAAUCGUUGAAGGCGGUUUGACGGAUGCAGCUGCAAUCCGAACAGCUUUGUCUGCAGAUGCUACAUUUCCGAAGGUUACUGCCGUUCUUUCGGUUCUUGGAGCAUAUAUGAGCUUGUACCAUUUCCUUACUCGCACCCAGCCUACACCGAUCGGUGACGCAUUAAACAGCACAAUCAUACCUGCCAUGCAGGAACUUAAUGUCAAUCGGAUACUGGUGCUCAGUACCACUGGAGCGUUUCCUGUUCCAGGAGAAGACAAAACAAAGAGCUGGGGUUGGUAUCUCAACAGUUUCAUUCCAUGGAUAGUCGUUCCUCAAGGAAAUGCAGAGAUGCGAGCUAUUGGUGAAGCUGUUCUGAACAACAAAGCCUGUUAA